UUGUCUUACCAUCGCCAUCACCCUUCAAUUAUGCUGUUGCGUAAAAUAAGAUAGAGAGAGGGCAGUGUGCGAGCAACAUAUUGUGCACGAAGCUCUUAUUUUAAGUCCUCUCAUAAAUAUUCCACCCUGCCCCAAAUUUACAAUUGAUCUGACGACAGUACAGCAACAGUGAGCCAAUGGAAAUCCAAGUUCCACUAGUUGAAACACUAGUUAAGAUGGCAACACAUCUCCAAAGACGGAUUUAUGGGAACCUCUUGCCAAAACAAGAAUAAAAAAAAUAAAUACAGAAAUAUGAAAACAGACAACACUGCAUUGGAGGAACCAGAGAUCAGCGAAGAAAUCACAUGUACAUCCGGCAAUAUACAACGCGAUACCAGCCGUACCACUCACAAGCGUCUCGGGGAUGCGUACUUUGCGCGUCCGUUUCUGAGAAAAAAGGAUAGACUGCCUUGCUUGUGGAUACAUUUCGUUUAAAACGGACAUUGCACUCGUUGGAUUUUGGCAGGGAAUGGCAAUGCACAUCAAGACAAAUUCCUAAACUUGCGUUUUCCUCUUUUCAGCCUGCUGACCGUCACGUUUCCAGGGAGAGUUUGCGAUACCCAGGCUGAUCACGAACCACUUCACGGAUUAUUAUACAGUCGGGCUAAAGAGGGACCGGUGUCUUCAAGGUUAUGGAUUGGCCGUGCUCAUGAUGUGUUCGAAUUUACCACGUUUAAGCGGAUGACACCCCAAACUGCAACUGCACUACCGUGAGCUGGGCCAUUCCUGCACAAGAAAAUGCAUAUCUGGAUACUGAAAAUAAUAUUGCUGGUUGCCACAUCUCUGAGUCUGGUUGAGAUGUAUGACAAUUAUGGGGAGAUCUGUAGGAAUCUGUGCACUUGCGACGAGAAGGAAGGCAUUCUGACGGUCAGUUGUGAGAACAGGGGCAUUGUGCGGCUGUCGGAAAUAAGCCCUGUGCAGUUUUCUAUGUACCAUCUUUUGCUGACAGGUAAUUUGCUGAAAAGACUGUCUGUCAAUGACUUCAUCAACUAUACCGGAGUUACCAUUUUGCAUUUAGGUAAUAAUGACAUAUCUGAGGUGGAGACGGGGUCAUUCAAUGGACUCCAGGGAUUAAAGAGAUUACAUUUGAACAAUAACAAAAUAGACAUUCUUAGGGACGACACUUUCGUCGGACUCGAGAGCCUAGAAUACCUUCAGAUAGACUAUAAUUUUAUUAGCACUAUUGAGCCCAAUGCGCUGAGCAGGCUUCAUCAACUGACUGUGCUGAUUCUCAAUGACAACUUGUUGUCCUCUCUGCCCACGAACAUUUUCCGGAACGUGCCCUUGACGCACCUGGAUCUUAGGGGCAACCGCUUGAAAAUGUUCCCUUACAUUGGCCUUUUGGAGCAUAUGGACAAAGUAGUGGAAUUACAGCUCGAGGAAAACCCAUGGAAUUGUUCUUGCGAGCUGAUUGCGCUUAAGGCUUGGCUGGAGAGCAUCGCCUACACAGCUCUGGUGGGGGAGGUGGUUUGUGAGACUCCUUUCAGGCUCCAUGGCAGGGAUCUGGAUGAGGUCUCAAAGCAGGAACUGUGUCCCAGAAGGGCCAUAUCAGAGUACGAGAUGCGCCCUCCGCCCCCGCUCAGCACCAGCGGCUAUUUUCAGACCACGCCGGCGGCCGUGACCGCAUCGGCCACGUCUUCGGCCGUCCUGCGGUCCUCAUCCAGGCCGACCAAGGGCACCCGCCAGUCCAGCAAAACCAAGUCCAAGCCCACUUCUCGAAUCCCGGCCAACCCCUACAACUACGGGCCCAUCAUUGCUUUUCAGACCAAAUCUCCCGUGCCUUUGGACUGCCCCACCACCUGUACAUGCAAUCUGCAAAUCUCCGACCUGGGGCUAAAUGUCAACUGCCAGGAAAGGAAGAUCGAAAACAUCUCAGAUCUGAAGCCCAAGCCAUACAAUCCUAAAAAGAUGUAUCUCACUGGGAACUACAUCCCUGUCGUGCGUCGAUCUGACUUUGUGGAGGCUGAGGGACUGGAUUUAUUGCACCUGGGAAACAAUCGGAUAGCACUCAUACACGACAGAGCCUUUGGGGAUUUAAUUAACCUACGUAGGCUGUACUUGAAUGGCAAUUUGAUUGACAGACUCACAGCAGAUAUGUUUUUUGGGCUAAAAAGUCUGCAGUACUUGUAUUUAGAAUAUAAUAAGAUUCGAGAGAUUGUAGGUGGCACCUUCCGCUUUGUGCCCAACCUUCAGCUACUUUUCCUCAAUAACAAUCUUUUAAAAACGUUGCCAGGAGGCAUCUUCUCUAGUCUGUCUCUCUCCCGCCUCAACCUUCGCAGCAACCACUUUCAAAACCUGCCUGUGAGCGGAGUUCUAGACCAGCUGAAAGCACUGGUUCAGAUUGACCUGUUCGAGAACCCUUGGGAUUGCUCCUGCGACGUGGUUGGCAUGAAGAUCUGGCUGGAGCAGCUGAACACCGGGACGGUGGUCAAUGAUGUCAAAUGCGUGACGCCCAAGCGGCUCACGGGACAGGAUAUGCGCGUCGUCCCGUCCGAGCAGUUGUGUCCAGAUUACUCUGACGUCAUCGUGUCCACCGUGGUUCCUUCCGAGGAGCCUUCGGCAGACAGGAUCACCACCACGGAGACGCCCCAGAGGUUUAACACCCCUUCCAGUAAUGUUCCUUUGUCUGUCCUCAUUCUCAGCCUCCUUCUCGUUUUUAUUAUGUCGGUGUUUGUGGCAGCCGGCCUGUUUGUGGUGGUGAUGAAGAGGCGUAAAAAGUCUCAGAGCGACCGUACCAGCACAAACAACUCAGACGUGAGUUCCUUCAACCUGCAGUACAAUCUCUAUAGCAAUCGCUCCGUCCCCAAGGUCAAGGCCCCAGCGGGCCACGUCUACGAGUACAUCCCCCAUCCGUUAGGUCACAUGUGCAAAAACCCAAUCUACAGGUCCCGGGAAGGGAACGCUGUGGAGGAUUACCCCGAUCUACACGAACUCAAGGUCACCUACAGGAGUAAUGCCGACGAGGACCAGGAGGUCACCUUGAGGAGCCCCAAUUACACGGUGAGCACCAUUGAGCCUCGCGAGCAGCCGUCCCCCGUUCAGGACGCGGAACACUUUUUCCGAGGGAUCCUGGAGCCGGAUAAAUCCCCAUCGACUGCCGGCAGCAGGUUUGAGUAUAAGUACACCGGCCCCGUCCCGUACACGUACCAACCAAACUUCGACGUCAGGCGCCAGUUCUUACAUCCUGAAGGAAUACGAGAGACUAUGCUAUAUGGUACAGCGCCAAGUACUGUCUUUGUGGAGCCCAAUAGAAAUGACUAUUUGGAACUAAAGGCAAAACUUCAAAUAGAGCCGGACUACCUCGAAGUUCUUGAGAAACAGACGACACAGAGCCAGUUUUAAACAUUGGUCUAUCUAUAAAUGCAGUAGAAGCAUUUUUCCCCCUUGUACUGACUCAAACUGGAGGGUGCCUUGGCACAAUAUACACCAACUUAAAGAAAAAAAAAAAAAAAAAAAGAUCCAAAACCUUCAGUGGGGUGUGCCGAACUAUGUUACUUUAAUUUCAGAACCACAUGGCAUUACAGAAAUAACUAAGAAUGAAACUAAACAAAUAGAGCUCGCGGAACUUGGAUGAAAGCACGAGUUGUGAUAUAAAACUGGCGAUGCAAAAUCUAUUUUUUUAAGUCGAUGAUUGAAUACGCAUAAAUCUAAGUGUACAGGUUAAUCUCACCCAAAUACAUUUUCAGGAAUAUAAUCAUACAAAUAUUGUGAAUUUAAGAGGGUCGGGGAGGGGUUUCACGUACAAGAACAAAAGAAGCAGAACAAAAAAAAACAUACUUUCUGACAGAAACACUAUACAGCAGCGCAUCCAAUCGAGCAGGACAAUUUCUCUGCUUUAGUCUGUAAGUAAGUACUGUAUUUAUUGGUAUACUCUUUGCCAUGUAUUUUCAACAUUUUUUCAAUGCUCAUCAAUAUUAUGUGUGUCAUGUCCCAUGAUUCUCUGUACGAACAUUUUGUUUGUAGUUUCCGAUCACUUACUGUAGCUUGCAUUGUACAAGUGGCUUUUUUUCAGCAGUGGCACACCCCAAUGUCGAAGAGAGACUUUGCAUCAUUUAACGAUUUCAAAGGAAAAGUGUCUUUGUAUGCUGUCUGCACUUUUUUGGAAGAUGGAAGGCCACAGGGUCUUCCCAGCUAACAUUAGAAGAAAUAUUAUAUAUUAAAAAUGAAUAUGUGUAUUCAUUCUUAAUAUGUAUUUUUAAUAUGUUAUAUCAAAAUUCAUAAAUAAUAAUUGAAGUAAUAAUUAUGUUGUGUAAUACUGAUAUUUUAAUGUAACACCUAUUUUUAUACAAGCAUUCGCAAUUCUCUUUCCCUUAUCGUUUUCAUUGUUUUGAUUGCUUUGCACUUAUUGCACUAUAUUGACCAAAAUAUGUUUAUGUCAUCAAUAAAUAUGAUGUCCGGUUCUUAUA